AUGGAAAACAAGCUUGAAGCAAAAGACAAAAGCAUUCAGAAAAGAAUACCACGUUCGGUACCAAAAGGAAAGGAAAAGAACUAUAAGUAUAUGAUUUAUACUGAAGAGUUGGAAAAUGAAGAAGAUAAAGAUAUGGUUAUGUUGCAUUUAGUCAGAAGAAACAACAAAAGCUUUUACGACCUUGCUAAGAUUUACAAAUCUGACAGAAAUUGGUUCUAUCGCGAAAACUUACCGAUUUCAAUGACCCCAAAUGAAGAUGUGAAACAAAUAGUUCAAGAUACGUUACCUCAAACACACUAUGAUAUGAAAGGUUGUACAAUACUUACCUUCAAAGAAGACUUACCGCUACUGAAAGAAAAAAUAACAGAGUAUUUUGACAACUUCAAACAAGUAGGGUAG